ACUAUCUUGACUAUAAUAUUUCACUGCUCUAUUACUCAAAACAUUUUAAUAUUAAGGCUAUUAUAGAUUUUAAAAAUAUGAGCAUUUUAAGAAUUGUUCGAAAUAAUUGGAAAAAGUGUGCAUUUGCUGCUACUAUUUCGGGGUAUGCACUUAGCUCGCUUAAGACACAUAUCGAAAUUACUCAACAUAUGAGGGAAUUUUCUACCAACUUAUUUUCUACCUGUGAAAAUAUACGAUCACCAAAGAAAGUUAUGGUCGUGAUCAAUCCAAUUGCCAAUAAAAAAAAAUCGGAAAAAACUUUCAAGAAGUAUUGCGAACCGAUAUUGCAUUUAGCUGGCUAUUCGAUUGAGAUACUUCGAACCAAUCAUAUUGGGCACGCCAAAGCUUAUAUUGAAGAAAUGGAAAUUCUACCAGAUGCAAUUGUUAUUGCAGGUGGAGAUGGCAGCUCGUCAGAGGUUGUAACAGGCCUAAUGAGAAGAAAAGAAAAUGUUUGCCCUAUCACAAUUCUUCCACUGGGACGCACAAAUCAAUCCAUACAUAAAUAUUUUCAUAUUAGUGUUCAAAGUGAGCUGGAUUAUGUAAAAUCGUUAUGUAGUGCAUUAGUACCAAUGCUUAAAGAUGAAUUCACGUAUCAGAGUGUAAUUCGUUAUGACGUUAUCAAUGGCGAUGAUGACGUUAAGAAUCAUUUAAAGCCGAUAUUCGGACUAAUUGGAUUUUCAUGGGGUCUGUUGAAGGAUAUUGAAUCAACCAAAGAAAAAUUUUGGUAUUUCGGUCCAAUAAGACACUAUGCUGCUGCCAUUUCCAAAUUAUUUUCGAAUAAUUGGAGCUUAGUGACUGAUUAUGUGUACACGCCUCCUUGCUCAGGAUGCAUAGACUGUAUUGAGGUUCAUAAUGAUGAGAGUACAUUUCUGAAUCGAUCAUUUCUAGGAAAACUGGUCAAUUCUAACCGCAGUAACGUAAAGUGUCAAAAACAGCUUGCUAAAAAUAGCGAGUGCAGUAGUAAGCUACAAGGAAAGAUGGAAGCCAAUCAAAUAGACGUUACUUGUGUUCGAAACAAUGAGAACUUUUCCGAGUUGGAAACUCAUUUCAUAAGCUCAUUACAGCCAGGUUGGGGUUUUAUUAAAACUAUUCCAAGCAUUACAUGUAGCACAAUUGCACCACAAUUAGUACUGAGGAGUCGAACUAUCCAGUUAUAUCCAAACGGAAAAACGAAUAACGAUUCUUAUUCAAUUGACGGAGAGGAAUAUGAUGCAAGGCCCAUUAAGUUAUCUGUUGUUCCCAACGCUAUUAAAGUCUUUUGUUAAAAAUUGUAUAUUUUAAUAUUGUGAAUUCUAUUUAAAAACAGCUAUAAAUAUAGCAUAACACAUUCACAGCAAAAAUUAACAGCUAUUUCCUCCCAAAUCCAGAGCUGCGUGUAAUCAUUUUUAAAUUUUUCUGCAGUAAUUAAAACUAAUUUAUCGUUUA